AAAAGGAAAAGUUAAGGCAGAUUUUAACAUUUCAAGCUCUUCAUCAAAUGGACAGGAUUGCGGUCGUUACGGGUGCGAAUAAAGGGAUCGGAUUCGAGAUAUGCAAGCAACUCGCUUUGAAUGGAGUCUUUGUCGUAUUAACCGCAAGAGAUGUGAAUAGAGGGAACGAGGCGAUCGAGAAGCUUGCGAGUAUUGAGAUCUCCAACGUGGUCUUUCAUCAGCUCGACGUGGUGGAUAGGAUCAGCGUCGAUUCGCUGGCCGAUUUCCUCAAGGUUCGGUUCGGAAAGCUUGAUAUUCUGGUGAAUAAUGCAGGUGUAACCGGAGUAACACACACGAAAGAAGACUUGGUUUUGACUGCAGAUCACCUCAAAGGUCCGCUGGCCAAAUCGACGAAGGAGUUCGUAAAGGAGACGUAUGAAUCAGCAGAAAAAUGCCUGAGGACUAACUACUAUGGAAUCAAACAAGUAACUGCUGCUCUUCUGCCUCUUCUUCAACAAUCAAAUUUGCCAAAAGUAGUCAAUGUAUCCUCUUCCGUUGGCCAGCUUCAGUACAUCCCCGGUGAGAAUAUCAAAAAGGAGCUCGGUGACAUUGAUAGCCUCACGGAAGAGAAAGUGGACAGCUUGGUAGUGAGAUUUCUAAAGGAUAAGAAGGAGGACACGGUGGAAACUGGAGGCUGGCCGAUCAUUGCAUCCGCUUACCUCACCUCGAAAGCAAUUCUCAAUGCUUACACAAGAGUUUUGGCUAAGAAGUACCCCGGAAUUGCCAUCAAUGCCGUGAGCCCCGGUUUCGUCAAGACCGACCUAAACCACAACACAGGGUUUUUGCCAGUCGAGGAAGGCGCGAAAGGUCCCGUUAUGGUGGCUCUAUUGCCAGAAGCUGGACCUUCCGGCAUGUUCUUCAAUCGGACGGUUGUAUCGACCUUUUGAUCAAUAUUUGGCUUCAGUAGUGCAGAGAGGCCACGCUCGUUUGGACCCUAAACUUACGUUCUUUUGUAUUUUUCCUGCUAUCUACUUGUAGGAGUUUCUAAACCGCAUUACACUUGCUAUACUGAGAUUGGAGGAAGUGUAGUAGUCUUAAGAAUUUUUUUUUCUUUUGUCAUAGUUGUCAAAGAGUUGGGGAGGAGAAUAAAUGACUUGUGCUGAUAUGAGUUUCGGAAUGAUUUAGCCCGAUACGUCAAGACAUGAUUCUAUUUUGUCUAAAUUUUUUAUACAGUCACUUCGAGUACGUAUGGAAUGACACUGUUCUUCCAAAUGGAAUUCUAUCUCCGCAAACCAAUUAAAUUACUGAUCUGGAAGUCUCAAGCCGCAACCGGAAUGUAAACGCG